UUUUGACUUUCCUUGUUAAUCCCACCCCUUUCUGAACAGACAUGAAAGCAACUGAAACAUUGUGAUUUCAUUCUGUUCCUGACACACGAUGGAUCUGAGAGUCUCUGUCGUUCUUCUUUUCUUUUUUCUCACUGGAGGAUAUUCUCUGAGGUGUUACUCGUGCACACCUAGUUUGAUGAGUUCGUGUGAAGCAACAACAACAGUGGAGACAUGUAAAGCUGGAUAUGAAUGUUCAAGCAGUACAGCGGAACAAACAUUUGAUUCCACUAAGGUGUCCUUCACAACUAAAGGGUGUGCAAAGGAAUGUCAACGUGCGACUGCACAGACACCAGAGGGACUGAAAGUGUCUCUCCAUUGCUGUAACACUGACCUUUGCAAUGCAGCAGAUGGAGUGUAUAAGGGAAGCUUCCUCCUGCUCUUCUCUCCUCUGCUCUUCUACUUCCUGUUUCAGUGAGUCCAGAUUCUGCACUUCAGAUUCUACAGCGAAGACCAGCGCAAAAACAUAUUCUUUCAUACACAGAAAAUGAGAUACUUUGAGAAUGUAUAAGAUUGUAUAUAAACCCACUUAUCCAUAAAUCAUGAAAAUGUGAUUGUGGUUGUUCAAGUAGCAGGUUAACCAAUCAAAUUUUUUAAAUGCUUGGAAGCUAAAUUACUAUUGUCAUGUUUUGUUUUCAAGGUCUUUUAUUUUUCUUUCUCUUUGUUUCUUGUUUCCUGAGUUUGUAUAAUAACUAAUUUUUAUAAUGGAAAUGAAUCAAUCAAAAACUUACUUUAGCUGGACAAUAACUUUUUUUCUAGAGCUGCUGUACAGUCAAAACAAUCUCUGUUUCAGUAAUUUCCUAUUAUCACUGUAAAGCUGCUUUGAAACAAUCUGUAUUGUAAAAAGCGCUUUAUAAAUGAAGGUGACUAAACUUCCUAUUGUUCCCCCUG